AUGGCGUCGUUGGCCUCGGGAGCGUCGCUCGCGUAUCGAGCCAGCUAUUGCUCGGGCGCAAAAACCCGGUCCAUCUCGAACUCUCUUUUGGGACGUGCGACGUUUGCAAACAAGCAAAUGACAAGUGUCGCUGCGCCUACAGCCUCUCUCCGUCCCUCUGGCUUCUUCUCUGAUCUGCUGACUCAAGGCGGAAAAGCCGUCUCGUCCUCCCCCUUCCGAAAUCUGAACGGCGGACUCUACCGGAAUGCAUGCUCCGCCCUGAACUCUGAACGCGCGGGCGUUCUCUCUUCCUUCUCCCGUUACCUCAGCACGUCGGCGCCUCGCAUGAACAAGGCGCGCGGAGACGUCGUCGGCAUCGAUCUGGGAACGACGAAUUCGUGCGUGGCGGUCAUGGAAGGUUCGCAGCCCAAGGUGAUUGAGAACUCAGAGGGGAUGCGGACGACGCCGUCGAUUGUGGCGUUCACGUCUGACGGCCAGAGACUCGUGGGCAUCGUGGCGAAGCGCCAGGCCGUGACGAAUCCCGAGAACACGGUGUUUGCGACCAAGCGUUUGAUUGGCCGCCGCUACGACGAAGAAGCGAUCAAGAAGGAGAAACAGAUUCUCCCGUACAAGAUCGUCCGCGCGAGCAACGGGGACGCCUGGGUGGAGGCGCAAGGCAAGUCUUACUCGCCGAGUCAAAUCAGUGCCUUCAUUCUCACCAAGAUGAAGGAGACCGCCGAGGCGUACAUUGGCCGACCGGUCAAACAGGCCGUCAUCACUGUCCCCGCGUACUUCAACGACUCGCAGAGACAGGCGACGAAGGACGCGGGAAAAAUCGCUGGCCUGGAAGUCCUUCGCAUCAUCAACGAGCCGACGGCCGCGGCGCUCGCGUUCGGCAUGGACAAGGACGACGGAAAGACCAUCGCCGUGUACGAUCUGGGCGGCGGCACCUUCGAUAUUUCGAUCUUGGAGAUUCUCGGCGGAGUGUUUGAGGUGAAGGCGACGAACGGGAACACGUCUCUUGGCGGCGAAGACUUUGACCAGAAGAUCUUGCAGCACUUGAUCGACGAGUUCAAAAAGGCGCAGGGCAUCGACCUGACGAAAGACAAACUCGCGCUCCAGCGCCUGCGCGAAGCGGCGGAAACAGCCAAGAUCGAGCUGUCCAGCAAAGUGCAGACCGAAGUGAAUCUGCCGUUCAUCACUGCGGACCAGUCCGGCCCGAAGCACCUGCAAGUGAAGCUGACGCGCGCCAAACUGGAAGAGCUCGUGGGCGGACUCCUGCAGCAGUCUGUGGAGCCGUGCGAGAAGUGCAUCAAGGACGCGGGCGUGUCGAAGAGCGACUUGUCCGACGUCAUUCUCGUCGGCGGCAUGACUCGCAUGCCCAAGGUCACUGAACUGGUGAAACAAAUCUUCGGCAAGGAACCGAGCAAGGGUGUGAACCCCGACGAAGCCGUGGCCAUGGGCGCGGCCAUCCAGGCGGGCGUCCUCAAGGGCGAGAUCAAGGACUUGCUCCUCCUCGACGUCUGUCCCCUCUCGCUGGGUAUUGAGACGCUCGGCGGCGUCUUCACGCGCCUCAUCAACCGAAACACCACCAUCCCCACCAAAAAGAGCCAAGUGUUCUCCACCGCUGCGGACAACCAAACUCAGGUCGGGAUCAAGGUCUACCAGGGAGAGCGCGAGAUGGCUGCGGCCAACAAGAUGCUCGGCCAGUUCGACCUCGUCGGCAUUCCCCCGGCCCCCAGAGGCGUUCCGCAGAUCGAGGUCACCUUCGACGUGGACGCAAACGGCAUCAUGAACAUCAGCGCCGUGGACAAGAGCACUGGGAAGCGACAGGAGAUCACCAUCCAGUCCAGCGGCGGCCUGUCCGACGCUCAGAUCGAGCAAAUGGUGAAGGACGCCGAGAUGUACAAGGAGCAAGACGAGAAGAAGAAGGACGCCGUGCAAGCGAAGAACGAGGCAGAGACUCUCAUCUACUCUGUUGAAAAACAAAUGACCGACCUCAAGGAUAAGAUGACUGAUGCAGACCGCACGGACUUGCAGGAGAAAAUCACACACCUACGCUCCACGCUUGGUCAGGAGGAUCCCGAUCCGAUCCGCGAGGCUCUUAAAACCCUGCAAGAAGCGUCGUGGAAGAUUUCUCAGCAGGCGUACAACCAGGCCGGAUCGACGGACUCGAGCAGCACCAGCGGUAGUGAGAGCGGGAGCGAGAGCGGCGACAAGAAGAGCUCGUAA